AUGCCAAAGAUCACCAUUCUAGGUGCCGGGGGUUACGACGUGACGAUUGUUGCUCGCAACCUUCCCAACGACCCGGAGUCGCAGGAGUGGGCCAGCCCUUGGGCAGGCGCUGUGUUCAUGGGCAUGAUUCCCUCCACACCAAGUGAGCAAAAGAUGCAGCUGGAUGCCUUUUGGGCGUGGUGGAAUUUGGCUCUCGAGCAUCCAGAGUCCAGUGUCCGAAGAGUUGACAUGUAUGACCUUGUUGAUGGUUCAUCUGAAGACCAAGUCUGGUACGCGAACAAGCUGCCUAACUACAAAGUCUUGUCGAAAGAUGAGCUGCCCAGCGGUGCCUCAUUUGGCAUGGCAUACAAAUCCAUCAUUAUCACACCUUCAACUUACCUUGCAUGGGUCAGGAACCGCCUGGAGGCAACGGGUGUCGAAUUUCAGCGCUUGAGCGUCAACUCGCUUUCUGAUCUCCGUGGAAUGGGACACGAUCUGUUAAUCAAUUGCACUGGUGUGGGAGCCCGCUAUCUCACAGAUGUGGCAGAUCUCGACAUGCAAGAGGUUCGAGGCCAGACAAUACUCGUCAAGUCGGACUUCAAUAAGAUCUGGAUCCGUCGGGGCAAAGAUUAUACAUAUGCGCUGGGAAGGCCUGACGGCACUGCCAUCUUGGGAGGCUUGAAGACCUUCGACAGCGUCGACACCGAAGUCGACGACGAUCUGCGUUCAAACAUUCUACAAAGAGUACAUGAGAAUCUGCCCAUGGACUUCCCUCCUCCGGACCGUGCCGGAGCCGAUAUCCUGCGAGACAUUGUCGGUAUACGUCCCCAGAGAAGGACUGGCACCAGGGUAGAGAAAACAGUCGUCAGAGGCCAGCACGUGGUGCAUGCAUACGGCCCUCAAGGAGGUGGUUAUAUCUUUAGCUUCGGGCUUGCAAACGAGGUGGUUAAUCUUGUCGAGCGUUUCGUGUCAACAGAGCACAUCCCUGCGACGCAAUUGAGGGCAAAUCUCUAG